AUGGAUCAUCCGAAUGGACCGAUUCAAGGACCGAUUCAUGGGCCUAUGGGACCGAAUGGACCUCAUGAACCUCAUGGGCCGAAUGUCAUGAGUUUUGCAUCUCCAGAGCCUGUGCAGCCGAAAGCACCGCAGGCAUGCGUAACAUGUAAGAAACAAAAAAGAAAGUGCGAUAAAGUGCUUCCACAUUGUGGCCUUUGCUCCCGGAUGCAACGACACUGUGAUUAUACAGAACAAACUCCUGCUCCCACCGCCGAGGAUAUCAAUGCUUUACGUAUGAAGUUAGUUGAACUUGAAGCAAAAGUUAAUGGUGGAAAUAUGCACGCGCCCUAUGGUUCCAUGCCUAACAAUGGCUCUGAAUAUAUGCAAUCUCAGAUACCUGCAUAUGCAGAUCUACAAGAAAACUUCAGUUUAACUAUUCCCAGGCCUUCGGUUAACCCACCAACAGAAGUCAAUCAAAUGUUGGCUAGUGGAGCAGCUAUACCUGCUGUCAUCUUAGAAUACUUUGGAACUAUUCACCACUGUCUUCCGAUAAUCUCUCAUAAGAGAUUAGAACGAACUCUGACUACUCCUGCCCGGGAUAGUAACGCGGACUUAGUUUUGUUGUUUCUCUGUAUGAAGCUCAUCACAUCUAAACCAGUAGAUGGCCAAGGAUGUGGUCAAAAUCCAAUGUACAUCGCUGCAAAGCGUUUUCUUGCAUUGCUAGAAGCUUCUGGAAUGGUAUCGUUGAUAUUGUUACAAGCUAGCAUCCUUAUUACUCUUUAUGAGUAUGGUCAAGCAAUAUACCCUGCAGCCUGGAUGUCUGCUGGCUGGUGUUCUCGCUACGCCGUUUUAUUAGGCAUCAACGAUUUUGACACCUCUCCUUCAUUAGUUGGCCCUGUUGAUACUUGGACCGAGCAAGAAGAGCGAUAUCGAACAUGGUGGGGUGUUCUUAUACUUGAUAGAAUGGUCUCGAUUGGGAGCAAGAACCACCGAUUAACUACCCAAGAACCAAAAGAAGAUGAUCCUUUACCUGUGGAUGAUGUUGCAUGGGAUAGCGGCGAUAUGACUCAAACAGUUCAGAAGCAUGUGUCUACUCUGCUCACCGAGUCUGUUACACCAUUUGCUCGACUUUGUCAAGGAUCUGUGCUUCUGGGAAAUGUUCUUCGUCACCAUUACACCGAGCAGAUUCCAUCGGAGACAGCCCGUUUUGAUAUUGCAUGUCAGCUCCUCGAAAAUUGUUCUGUUCUCGCUCGUAAAGUCAAUGAAGAAGCGAUGGUUUCUAGAGAUUAUCUCAUGUUAGCAACACCACUCGCAAUCAUUUACAGCGCAAUCAUUGCUCUUCUUGACCCCUAUUCUUGUCCCGCAGAUAAGUUAUGCGGCGCAGCAACCUCUUCCGAGAAAGGUGUUAUGAUGAAUAAAGCCAUCAAAGGUCUACAAGAUUUCUCGGCUAGCGUUGUUCAAUUUUCCGAGAGUGUCAAUAGCCAUGCACAAACACAAGCUGAUCUUGAUAAGGUUAGUCCAUUGAUAAUGGACUCUUUGUGGGCAGCAGGCCAGCAUUAUAUGUGGGAGUGGAGGGAAAGUCGUAAUCCACAGUCUCAGGAGGCAUUGGAAAUUAUCAGAAAUUGUUUAAGAAGAUUUCAGACUAGAUGGAGAAAUGCGGCGGAGUAUUUAAGGAUUUUUGAUGGUCAGGAAUUUGGACAGUUUACCUCUGCGCUAGGAAGCGGCAAGCAGAUUAGCGCAGACGAGGAAGUUUUCAGUAUGCAAUCGUAUUUGACAUAUAAACGAUUUGGGAGUUUAACCGAAGCGCAAUUUGAGAGGGAUAGAUUGAGGGCAGAGGCGCUGGAGAGGGGUAAUAGAGAUGUGCGGUCUGAAAAUUUAAAUUUGGAUUUGGAUUUGGAUGUGAAUGGAAGGGGUGGGUUAGGGGGGCAUCGCUCUUCUUCUUCUUCUUCCUCCUCUCAUAAUACAGGAUCGUCGGCUACGGAGCUACAUACGCACGAUAUUGAGAAGGCAGAGAGGGGUAUAUCAAAUGCCCCUUCACUAGAUUCUUAUAACGAAGAAAAUCCACACAAAGAGAAAGAUGAUGCGGAACAAGAAGAAGAACGAGACGACGAAAGUGGAAACGCGAGAUCAGAAACCCUUGAUCGAAUCGCCACUCGAGCGACAGCACACACAACGCGCAGUUUCGGAACACGAUUAGGGUAUACAUUAACGGGGAUCGAAGUGCGAGAAUUAUCUGAACAGUUGACGAGAACGCGGACCGCAUCCAAAUCCAAAUCGAAAAAGAAUUCCCACACAAAAGACACAGGGAAUGAAAAACAGGGGGAGAGAGAAACGGUCUUCGUAGUCGGAUACGAAGACUCGAAAGAUCACAUGAAUCCGCAUAAUUGGUCGAUAUGGCGUCGGGGCUUCUGCACCAUCAUGAUUGCGUCGAUUGGAUUUAUAGUGGGGUUUGCGUCGUCGAUUGAUAGCGCGGCGUUGACGCAGGCGGCGGAGGAUUUUGGGGUGAGUGAGGUUGCGGAGUCGUUGGCUACGGGAUUGUUUCUUGUGGGAUUUGGAUUGGGGGCGUUGUUUGCUGGACCGAUUUCCGAAACGAUCGGGAGAAAUCCAGUAUACAUUUCCACACUCCUCAUAUACAUGAUCUGGAUCAUGGCUUCCGCACUCGCGCCCAAUCUCGCUACCCAACUCAUCUUCCGGUUCCUCGCCGGGUUUUUCGGUUCCACCCCCCUCACCUGCGCAGGAGGAUCAAUUUCCGAUCUCUGGUCACCCAUGGAGCGCGUCUACGCCUUUCCCGUCUUCGCCAACGCCGCCUUCAUGGGACCAAUUUUCGGGCCCAUCGUCGGGGGUUUCAUCGGACAAUCUCAGCUCGUGAGUUGGAGGUGGUGCGAAUGGAUUACGUUGAUACUUUCCGGGGCUAUCCUCCUCCUCAUUACAUUAUUCCAACCCGAGACCUUCGCACCCAUUCUGCUGAAGUGGAAAGCAGCGCAUCUGCGUCGUAUAACGGGCGAUGAACGAUUUGUCGCCGAGGUGGAAAUCAGAGCCGAUCCAUUCAAGACGCGAUUAUUGAAAGCAUUAUACAGACCAUGUCUUCUCAUUACGCGCGAACCCAUCGUCAUGCUCUUCGCGCUCUAUCUCACCGUCGUAUAUAUCAUUCUCUUUACUUUUCUCGACGGAUACACAUAUAUCUUUGGCGAAACGUACAAUUUUAGCGAAGGAAUCACUGGCCUCGCAUUCCUCGGUAUUGCCAUCGGGCUCUGUUUCGCCACCUGUCUCGUUCCGCUAAUCCACCACUGGGCGAAGAAAGAUCUCGCGGCUCUGCGCGCCAUCCACGGAGAUAAAGCCAAACUACCCCCGGAAAAACGACUCUGGUUUGCCAUGUUCGGGGCGCCGUUUAUCCCCAUCUCGCUUUUCUGGAUGGGGUGGACGAAUUAUCCUUCUAUUUCUCCAUGGUCUGGUCUUGUCGCUUCGCUAUUUUUUGGGUUUGGCAUUCUGUGUAUUUUCAUAAGUACGUAUCAGUAUAUUAUUGAUUCUUAUGAAAUGUACGCGGCGUCUGCAUUAGCAAGUUUGACGCUGGUGAGAUAUGUGGCUGCGGGGGGAAUGGUGGAGGUGGGGAUUCCUUUUUAUGAGAAUCUGGGUGUGCAUUGGACGCUUACGGUGCUGGGGGGGAUAAGCGCGGUGAUGGUGCCGGUGCCGUAUUUAUUCUAUAUUUAUGGGGAGAAAGUGAGGGGGUGGAGUCGCUUUGCUGCGACGCAUUAG